CCAACCUCAGGUGAUGCGCCCGCCUCGGCCUCCCAAAGUGCUGGGAUUACGGGUGUGAGCCACUGCACAUGGCCUCUCUGUUUUCAAGGUCGCUAGCUGUGUCUUUAUACUUCUGCAUUUUAUAAAUGUUACUGUAAUUUUCUUGUGAGGAAGAAUUAAAUGUUGGGAAUCAGUGGCAUCAGAACCUGACAAAAGAAGUUUCUUUAUCCCAGGUAUGUGAAAGAUGCUUCUCUAAGUUUCAAGUAUAAUUUUGAUAAGGCCAGCCCUUUCCACUAGCCCUUCCAGGCCACCAUGUCAGAAUUCAGGUACAUCUUCUCACUCAUCUCAGACCUUCUCAGCGUAACUCAUUGAAAAUGUCCGUGUUCUGAGGAUAUCACAGUGAAAUCUAAAGCAGGUCAUGUCAGUCCCUGGCAGAGAACCCUCCACCGGUUUCCCGUGUUCCCCAGGACAAAAGUCCAGCUCCUCACUGUGGCUCCACAGCCCUGUGUCCAGGGCCCCUGCCAGUGUCCAGCCUCCUCCUGGGAGCUUGCCCUCCUCUCAUGUCUUCCUCUGCCCCAGUCACAUUUGCUUUUCUCUUUUCCCAAACCUCAAAACCCUUCCUGUCUCAGGCUGUUUUCACUGCUCUUACCCUCUGUCCCUAAAUGCUCACAGCACUGUCCCCUUCUCCUCCUUCAGGUCUUGGCUCAGAAAUGUCUCCCAUGCUCUCCCACCCCGAUCUGAAGUUCCCUCUGCCAGUCAGUCUCUAUCACAUUACUCAGGUUUUAUUAUCUCUGCGUCAAUCACAUCAGAAACACGCUUUUUUUUCUUUUCCCAGAGAGUCUCACUCUGUCCUCCAGGAUGUGAAUGCAGUCUUAUGAUCUUGGCUCACUGUAACCUCUGUCUCCUGAAUUCAAGCAAUUCUUGUGCCUCAGCCUCCCAGGUAGCUGAGAUUACAGGAUUGACUUCUAAAGACUCUUGGUACGUGAGGAAAAAACACAGAAGAGGAAAGCAAAGGGUCAGGGAUGGCUGUUCCUCAGGGUCUACUGACAUUCAGGGAUGUGGCCAUAGAAUUCUCUCAGGAGGAGUGGAAAUGUCUGGACCCUGCUCAGAGGACUUUAUACAGAGACGUGAUGGUGGAGAAUUACAGGAACCUGGUCUCCCUGGGUGAGGAUAACUUCCCUCCAGAGGUGGGGAUGUGCCCUUUUGUAUCUUUGUAUUUUCUCUUGUUGCCUCAUGGGAGCUGCAUCCUUGCUUGACUAAUGUGGAAGUCAUGUUGAUUUUGAAAUGAAAAGCUUCAUGAUGUAGCUUCUGGACUUUCACUGUCCCCUUUGUUUAGAUGUUUUGCAUUCUUCAUGAUAGCUCAGGAGGGGUUCCAGAGUAAAGUAAGCAUAAAACCUUAUGGCAGACCAGGCAUAGUGGCUCACGCCUGUCAUCUCAGCACCUUGGGAGUCUGAGGCGUGUGGAUCACUUCAGGUCAGGAGUUCAAGAUCAGCCUGG